AUUGAUAUCCGUCAGGGGGCAAAGUUAAAUCUUUGGCACAUGCGAAUGGUAAAAUAAUUUUAAGAUAGAUUUCCGAAAAGUUAAUUGGAUAUCACGUACUCGUAAGCAAGAAGUAGCGAAACGAGAAAGCACUUCAUCAUGCGUUUGUUGCUACUUUGUAUCAUUUUAAGCCUGACUUCCAUAGUAUUAUGUGCUAACCACCACCAGGCAGAAGUUGAAGACAAUGAAUUUGCUGAAUUUGAAGAAUUUGAUGAAGAUGAAGUGGUACAAGAAAAAGAAACUAAAGAUCAAACUGAAAGUAAACCCACACCUGUAGAUACUGCUGAAGAGGAUGAAGAUGAAGUCAAAGUUGAGGAAGAAGAAGAGUUUGAUCAUUUUAGUGAUGAGGAAGAAUUUGAGGGCUUGGAUCAAGAACAAUCACAUCAAAAAAUUAAACCUGAGAAACCUGACUUAAAAAUAACUAAGGUUCCUCUUCAUUUGCGAAGUAACUGGGAAAGUUUUUAUAUGGAGUUUUUAAUGAUUGCUGGACUUUUGGUGUACUUCAUCAAUUUUGUGGCUGGUCGCAACAAGAACCAAAAACUAGCAAUGGCAUGGUUCAACUCUCACAAACAUUUAUUGGAAAGUAACUUUGCUUUAGUUGGGGAUGAUGGGAAAAAAGAAAUAGAAAAUCCAGGCCUGGUGAAGGAAUCAGAAAAUGUUUACACAUUAUGGUGCAGUGGGAGGGUUUGUGUGGAGGGUAUGUUGGUGGAACUGAAACUCUUAAAACGUCAGGAUUUGGUCAGUGUGAUAUCCAGGUUUUUUAGACCAGCUUCAGAUCAGAUUUUAGUCAAAGUUCACAUGAAUACAGAUGCAAUGGAUUCUUUUGUGUUUUGUGUGGCAAAGAAGAAAACAGCACUGGCUCUAGGAAAAGAAAUGACUGAUUUAUGUACUUAUUGUCCUGACAAGAAGUCAGCAGAGAAGUAUGGACUGUCUUCCAAUUUCACCAUAAUGAGUGAAGUCGGCGAGGCUUCAAAUGCCAUGUUAGAUUCUAAAGUAGUGGCAUUGACUAAGAAGUAUGAACAAAAUAUUGACUACAUGCAUUUUUCUGACCAGUAUUCUGGACCCAAGCUUCAAGAAGACUCAACUUCAACAAAACUUCCGGAAGUGAAGAAAGUGUUGAUGUUUGGAUUUAGUGUUCCUGGUCAAGGAAAAGUUACUCCUGAGAUUAUGGAGACUCUGAAACCUCUACUGCAACUAGUAUUCUACUAUAUUGAAAAAGUGAAACGUUUCAACUUAAGCAAAGAGGCUAAGACUAAAGCAGAAAAAAACAGACAAAAGGUGGAAGAAGCAUUUAUUAAGACCACUCAUGCUCAGCGCCAAGAGGCUGCCCAACAGCGACGUGAAGAAAAAAGGAGAGCAGAAAAAGAGAGGAUCCUUAAUGAAGAAGACCCUGAAAAACAACGCAAGUGGGAGGAUCGAGAACAUCGUCGGGAAUUGAAGAAAAAAGCUCCAAAAAUGAAACAAUUAAAAGUGAAGGCCCUUUAAUUAAAGCCCAAGUUUUUGUUUUUUUAAACACUCCUGAAAAUCAAGAUAUUCCAUUUUCAAACAAGUAUCGAUACUUGUACAAAAUAUAUAAGGAUUGUUCUUACUAUUAUGGUAUGUUUAAAAUUGAUUUCUUAAAGUACACAGCUUAAUUUUUUAUUUUUUUUUGGUCAAUAUACUGGGACUAGCUUUGUGAUGAAACAAAGAAUCGAUAUAAAAUAAAAGCUGUUUGGUUGCAGGAUAAAGAACGAGGAAAUGGUGUCGGGAACAUGACUAGAAGUACGAGUGAUCUUGAAACUUUUUGUGUAAGCUCAUUGAUACGUGCAUAACUUCUAAUAUGUUUAAUAUUAUACAUCAUCGUUAAAGACAGCAUGAAGUGGAAUGUUGAAUCCUGCUGAUUUCAAAAGGUAUCCGAACAGGCAGGCUCAUACAAGAUGUUUACUGAAGGCACUGAAGCUCAGAGUAUAUUCCUGUAAUUUAUGACCUCAUCUUAGAAAUAUACUUAAAAUAUACUAUUAGAUUAUUAGUAUCAUUCUAUUUUAUUAACUGACAGAGUACAAAAUUACAUCUGUGCAAUAAAAUAAAACCUAACCUGAAUUUCAGGCUUUGAGGCACAUGCUAUAAGCUCACUUGUCAUUCUAAUGUUAUGUUUUUCUUUUAAGAUGUUUUUUAAUGAUAAUGGGAUGAUUAUGUCUUACUUUCUAAACAAGAUUUUUUUUUUCACAUUAAUUUUGUAUAUAAUGAAAUUAUGAUUAUUUUCUCAUAAAUUAAGAAAAAACUGAAUAGAACAAAAACAUAUAAAAUAUCUGGUCUUCUCACUACAGCUGCUGUUAUGAAAGAGAGCAUAGGUUAGCUCUGUGAUAGAGCUAUGGAUUUAAGGGCUGGUGAACUGGGUAUGAAUCCAUGAAAUACCCCAAGAUAUUCCCUGCACUUUAAGCUGUGGGUGCAUUGUAGGAGUGACAGUCAAUCUCUCAAUGUGAUGGUGCAUGGUAGGGGGCUUUUGAUUGGCUGCCUUCUAUCUCAUCAGUAGUUAUGGGCUAACUUGUCAAUUUAUUAGGUCAUGAAUUUUGAAACCAUGACUACUUAUUCCCAUUUCAUUAUUCAGUGAAUGCCAGAACAGCCACCAGAAUUAGGCUUAGUCUAUCAAAUAUAACUUGAAACAAGGAAGACUAAUAAGUACUAAGAAGCUUGAAUUUUUUCACCUUGUUUGGAAAUUUUCUAAUUGUUUUUAUUGGGGGGUGGGAAGUAAAAUAAGGUUGUGAAUUUAACAAUAUGUCCUAGGUCUUCACAUGCCUGACAGUAAUAUGAAACUUACAAUUUUUUUCAGGAAAAAGUAUUUUAUCACAAAAACAGUAAUAAAACUUAAAAAAUAAAAGAUCAAUACAUUAGUAUCAGUGUUGUAAGAUAUGGUAAUCAAACCAUACCAUUUGUAAUCAGUGUCAUAAAGCCAGUGUCCAAAAAUAUUACUAAAAUCCAUCCUUUUUUUUUUUGAAUCGGUGUGAUCAAUACACUGAGGUAAAUGAAUCUAAAUAUCUGAACAGUUUUUUCUUAAGGUUCGUAAGCAGGGCUAUAUCUAGUUAUAAAGUCAUAUUCAUGCUUGUUUUUGACAUCUUUCACUAACUCAUUUACACACAUAAUUGGAAGUUACAGCUUGAAACCUAAGUUUGACCUUGGCAAAAUGGUUGGCCUUGGUUACUGUGAUGUUUCUAAGUUACAUCAGAAAGUUGUCUAGCAUCAAAUACUAACCACCUUACUUUAUAAACAGAUUUUCUUAAAAUGUAUAGAUUUAUGAAUUGCCUAAAGAAUAAAUGGAGGAAGGUAUUAAAAUCAAGUCUCAGUAAAUAUAAUGCAGUACCUAUAAAUAUAUAUAUAUAUAUAUAUAUACUGGCCCAGCAUGGCCAGGGAGCUCGACUCACGAUCUGCGGGUUCGAAUCCUUGUCCCCUCAAACAUGCCCGCCCUUUCAGCCGUGUGUGUGUUAUAAUGUGACCGUAAAUCUCACUAUUCGUUGGUACAAGAGUCACCCAAGAGUUGGCGGUGGGUGAUGAUUUCAAACAUAAAAUAUAAGUAAAACUUAGUAAUGUGUGAGAAAUCUUUUGACCUAAAUUACUCAAUAAUCAAAUAAAAAUGUAAAGUACUUCUGACAUUCAGAUAGUACAUUUUUGUCAACUCUAAUUGACCAGCUGAAUUCACUAGUUGUACUGAAUGUAGCAUAGCUGACUGAGAAUCAGCUUUAAAUGUGCAUACAUAAGCUUCCUUAUCACAUGCACAUACAUCUCUUGUUCUUCACUUCUCCCUUAAUAUCACUUGUAUUAUGUAUUUUAACUUCAUUUGUUAUUUUUACACUUAGUCAUUUGAUUUUCCCUCAGAAAUGAAGUGCAAGUUGUUAAUUAAGGGUAUUUUCUACAGUGGUGUAUGUGAAAAUUAAAAAUAUAAUCCGGUUCAAUAGAAAAAAAAGAUUGAGAGCUAUUAGUUUUAAACAUCCAAUUAUUUGUGGGAGAAAGUUCUGUGAUGAUAAUUUGUACCAGCAGAUUUUUUGUUAGUCACACCUUAAAUAAAAUCCGCUUCUUGCAGAAAGAAAAUCUAAUUUGUGAUCCAGAUGUAUUACGUUAUUCACACUUUAAGCUGUGUGUUUGUAGUGAUGACUUUUACUCUUUCAGUAUGUGCCUAGACUUCUAAUAAAGAACUUAAGAAAAGAGAAAA